CGGACCCAUAAUAAGAGGAAAUAUUACACAGAAAACAGAACUGCGAACUGCUUUUAAGGGAAGUGUUAUCUAAAAUUGAUACGUGAUACUGCAGAGCACUGAUUGCGCAAAAUAAUUUAUUGAAGAGAGCGGUGUGGACAAAGACGCGCCAGUGUGCUACUCCGUCCUCGUCACACGCACCGCUCUUCCGUGUUUUGGUGGACUUCCGCAGAGUCUAGUCCUCGCUCUUCCCGGACGGGCCCUGCAUCACCAUGGCAACCUCGCCUCUCCUCCGCCUGCUCUUCGGAACCGGACCGCUGCUCGCUGCCCUGCUCGGCUUGGCUCGGGGCUCCAACGCCACGGUCCCGCUGGUGCUGUGGCACGGCAUGGGGGACAGCUGCUGUAACCCCCUCAGCAUGGGUGCGAUAAAGAAAAUGGUGGAAGUGAAGAUCCCAGGGAUAUAUGUCCUAUCGCUGAAGAUCGGAGACAGCAUUGUCCAGGACACAGAGAACAGCUUUUUCAUGGAUGUCAAUGCGCAGGUCUCCCUGGUGUGUGCCCAGCUGUCCCGGGACCCCCAGCUAAAGGGGGGCUACAAUGCCAUGGGUUUCUCGCAGGGGGGUCAAUUCCUGAGAGCUGUGGCCCAGCGAUGUCCCUCCCCACCAAUGAGGAACCUCGUCUCAGUGGGGGGUCAGCACCAAGGAGUGUACGGCCUCCCUCGCUGCCCGGGAGAGAGCUCUCACAUCUGCGACUGGAUCCGCAAGAUGCUGAACUCUGGCGCCUACACCCCCCUCGUGCAGAACCAUCUGGUCCAGGCGCAGUACUGGCACGACCCCCUGAACGAGGACCUGUACAAGACCCACAGCCUCUUCCUCGCUGACAUCAACCAGGAGAGGGUGGUGAAUGAGACCUAUAAGAAGAAUCUCAUGUCUCUGAACAAGUUGGUGAUGGUGAAGUUCCUGAAAGACAGUAUGGUGGAUCCUGUGGACUCUGAGUGGUUUGGGUUCUAUGGCCCUGGUCAGGCCAAGGAGACACAGACUCUGCAGGAAAGUGCACUGUACACAGAGGACCGACUGGGGCUGCAGCAGAUGGACAAGGCAGGGAAGUUGGUGUUCCUAUCCAGUGAUGGAGACCACCUGCAGUUCACCGAUGAGUGGUUCAACACAAACCUGCUGCCAUACCUGCGCUAGCA